UGCAUGCUCCGCCCCCUUGUUUUGAUGAAAAAGAAGAAACUCGAUGGAUCAUGGGUAAAGUCGAUGCUGUGUAGUAACGAAGGACGUAUAAAUAAUAAUGUUGUCUUCUAUGUUAAAAGAGCACCAAGUGAAGCAGGCAAAUCGCAAAGAUUUACAAGAAAAGCGCCGAAAAGAAGCAGUAUCAUCAGCAAUGCUCUUCUCUGAGGUCCUUACAGAAAGACUUAACAGAGGUGUUUCCCAGGCUUAUGCAAAUGAGAAGAAACUUGAUGCUGAAGCAAAGAAAUUGCAAAACAGUGCAUCACAGUUUAGCCGACAGACUAUACAAUGGCUUCAGAUUAUUGAUAACUUCAACCAAGCAUUAAAAGAGAUUGGAGAUGUUGAAAACUGGGCAACGAGUAUUGAAACAGAUAUGAGGACGAUAGCAAGUGCCUUAGAGUAUGCCUACAAAGAAACUGGAGAAUGAUGAGAAAUAAACAUGUUAAAUCAGAUACACAUUUAAUGACACAGCUCUUUGCAAUGUCUAACAUGUGGAGUGGAAUUGCUGUAUUUUUAUGACAUAUGGGUUGUAACCUGGAGUUGAUAUACUUGGAACUGCCUGGUCCUGAGUUGAAUUGAAAUACAUUUACUUACCAGCAACAUGUGUUGAGCUGUGUCAUGUGUUAAGCACUAUGAAAAUAUCAAAUACCUGUGUUUUGCCCAUAUAUGGGUAAGAUAUAAAUAUCUUCAUGCCCAUAUAUAGGUGUAACAUGACAUCACCAUGGUCAUAUAUGUUGAAAAGAUAAAUGUCACAGACAAUUUUAUACAGUAAUAUGGAAGUAUUGUAGUUUAAAUUAUCAUGUCUGUCAGCGGGAGAAAAUGUCAUUCCUCGUCUGAUGGAAGACUUAAUAUAUGAGGCUUACCAUCCCAAAACCAGCUUCGGUGACCAAAAAAAAUUAACUUUUGAUAUAUUCUUAUUCUUCACAUUUACUGCAAUCGACUUACUGUUGCCAAAGGUGUGAGUGAAAAUAUUACUGCUUCUCUGUACUAAAGUAUACAAUGCUGCCACAUUCUAUGCCGAUUACUCAGUUUGACAACUAUGCUGGUGUUGGAAUGUCAAGCCUCAUAUUGGAUCUUUAUCUGUAAUAAUAAAAUAAAUAAGAUAUAAUAAAGUACUCUUAUUCAUCUCAAAGUUCAUGUUAAAAAAUACAGCAGAGUGUAUGAAUAUAAGUUAUUGUACAUAAAAACAGCAAAUUGGUUAAGCCAUUAACAAUUU